CAGAGAAAGCUCACCUUCCAAGGACACACCACAUCUCCAUCACCACUUUAAAAUUAUUGUCCAUUGAGUUGAGGCUCAGAAUCCAAUUCGACACAGCUCUCUUUCUCUCUCUCUCUCCCCACAUACACACUUACAUCUCCCGCAUUAGUUCUCCGACUGGUUUUCUAGCCUUCUUUUUUUUUUUUUUACUCCCUCAUUCUCUCUAUUCAGGCUCUACCAUGGCUGCUCUACUUCUCCUUGUGCUUCUGCUGGCCAUUAGUGGUGGUUCAGAUGCUGCUUGGUGUGUAUGUAAGUCUGAUCAGAGCAGCGCUGCUUUACAAAAGACCAUAGACUAUGCUUGUGGAGCUGGGGCUGACUGCACCUCUAUCCUCCAGAAUGGAGCAUGCUAUAAUCCUAACACAGUGCUUGCGCACUGCUCUUAUGCUGCCAAUAGCUACUACCAGAGGAAGGGCCAGGUUGAUGGAGCCUGCGACUUCUCUGCGACUGCCACCCUCACCAACUCUGACCCUGGAGGAAAUGGUUGCACUUAUCCUGCAACUCCCAGUGCUGCAGGAACGUCAAGCACUUCAACCGGCACAAACACCGCAAGCUCAUCAACCACAAGUGGAACCACCACAACCCCAACUGGGACCGGAGGAGUGCUGGGACUCGGUCCCUCGGGCACAAGCAGCAUGGAUGGCAGUGAUGGUGGCUUGCUUCCAAAGGCUAAAAUGGACUCACUCCUCUUAACCAUUCUCCUUUCUGUUCUUGCUUUCUCGAGGAUUUGAUUCGUUUAUACCAAUGUUCUUUUGGUUCAGCCUCUGGAAAGCGCUUUUGAGACCUUUAGUUUUGGGGUGUAGAUUGGUAGGAUGGAAGUCUCUCUCUCUCUCUCUCUUUUAUGGACCUUUUUCCUUUUUGUAACCCUAGGGAGGUACUAAUUUAUUUUAUUGUUGGGAAUGGUUUCAUUUAAUUAUUUGUCAUAUCGAUGUCUGAGUUGUCAUGCA